GCAAGAGGAGCAACAUGUUUUCCAGAGCAAUGAAGAAAUUGGAGUGCUGGAUACACAACAGCUAUGUGCUCAGGUUGAUAUCAUUUGUGAGCAAUUCUUGGGCAAUAACAAGAAUCCACAAGGCAGUGAAAUGGAUGGUGAAAAGGCCAGUGGACUAGACGUAAAUGAAAGAGAAUUGCUCACCACUGCCAAGGAUAAGCAGGAGAGGAGUGCAACAGAGGCUGAAGUGGUGCAUACUGAAAAUGACAAGGGGAUUGAAGACAUUGACCCAACAAUAAGCGACAAAAGUGUAGAACCAAUUGACU